AGCAUCUAGCUGUAAUAUCUAAAUUAUAUAUAUGCCUAUACGAGAUGGUUUUAUGCAGGAAUCUCUUUUCUAUUUUUAAACCUUGGUACGCGCAAAAAGUCGUAUAUACAUAUAUAUCAGUGGUGGCCAUUUAUUCUAUACUUCUGCUCAUAAUCCUUUUGAUAUCUAACUGACUUCAUCUCCUACAAUGCAAUACGUUGGUAAAGUGGGUGGCUACGUCUAUAAUCAAUGGAGUUCAUUGAAUCCCGCCACUUUAUCGGGAGCCAUUGAUAUUAUAGUGGUUGAACAUCCGGAUGGAUCAAUGCAUUGUUCACCGUGGCAUAUUAGAUUUGGGAAAUUCCAAAUCAUUAAACCAUCUCAAAAGAAGAUUGAUCUAUAUGUGAAUGAUAUCAAAACUGAUUUACCCAUGAAAUUGGGGGAUGGUGGUGAAGCAUUCUUUGUGUUUGAAACUGAAAAUGGUGAUAUAUUAUCUCAAUCAGUAUUAACUUCUCCAGUUAUAUCACCUGUUAAUUCUCCAGGUGGUUCGCCAAUGAGUUCACCGGGUUAUACUUAUGAUCUUAAUAAAUCAGAACCUGAUUUAUUGGAUUUGAAUGCUGGAAGUAACUAUGUGGAGGAUAAAAUAAGAUUAAGUGAUUCUACUCCUAUGACACCUAUACGAUCAAGAACUGGUACUCCAACUCCAACUCCAGCAUUACAAUCAAAGAUUGCGUUUGAAAAGGCAAGAAAGAUUACCAAAAAGUUGAAUAUUCCUUCUAAAAUCGAUAUUAAUGGUGAUAUGGUGUUAGAUAUGGAUGGUUAUAAACCAAAUUCUCAAAAAAAUAUUGAUGAUUCAGAUGAAUUAUUUAAAAAAAUCUUCUUAGAAGAAAUCAAAGAUUCAACUAAUUUCACUGAUGAUGUUGAAAAUAUGGAAUUAGGUUCAUGGGAUGAAUAUAUUAGUAAAGAUGAAAAUGGUAAUAUUAGGAUUUUAAAUAAAAAUAGUGAACUUAAUCUUGAAGAUGAUUUGGAAAAUACAGAAGGUUUAAUGGAUGAUGGUGUUUCCAGUAUCAAUACAACUUUACCAAGUAUUAAUACUGAAGAUCUGGAACUCACUGAUUCAAAGACUUAUUUUAAAACUCUUAGAUUAACAUCAGAACAAUUACAACAAAUGAAGUUGCAUUAUGGAGAAAAUCAAUUAAAGUUUAAAUUAAGUGAAGGAAACUCACAAGUAAUUGCUCAAUUAUACUUAUGGAAAUCGACUACUCCAAUUGUGAUAUCGGAUAUAGAUGGUACAAUCACCAAAUCAGAUGCCUUAGGUCAUGUAUUGAAUUUAUUUGGUAAAGAUUGGACUCAUCAAGGUGUUGCCACUUUAUUUAGUGAUAUCACCUGCAAUGGAUAUAAUAUAAUGUAUUUAACUGCUAGAUCGGUUGGUCAAGCAGAUAAUACCCGUCAAUACUUGGCUGGUAUUUCCCAAGAUGGAGGAAUCAAAUUACCUAAAGGUCCAGUGAUUUUAAGUCCUGAUAGAACAAUGGCUGCGUUGAGAAGAGAAGUUAUAUUGAAAAAGCCGGAAGUUUUCAAAAUGGCAUGUUUGAGAGAUAUAAGGAGUCUUUAUUUCCAUUCCGAUGAUGUCAAUGUUUCAGAUCAAGAUAGUGAUCGAACUCCAUUUUAUGCUGGGUUUGGUAAUAGAAUUACUGAUGCUAUCAGUUAUAGAUCUGUUAAAAUUCCAUCUCAUAGAAUUUUCACAAUUAAUCCAAAUGGUGAAGUACAUAUGGAACUUUUGGAAUUAGCAGGUUAUAAAUCAUCAUAUUUACAUAUAGGAGAAUUAGUUGAUCAUUUCUUCCCACCUAUAAAACAAGUUCCAAUGGAAGCAUAUUGGAAUGAUGAUCAAUUCAAUGAUUAUAUAAAUUUUAAACAAGCAUAUGAUGCCAAUCAUCAAGGUGGUGAUGGAUCUCCAAUUGGAUCCCCAAGAGCUCCAGGGUCGCCCAGAAGUCUUAAUGAAGAAGCUUUCAUGAAUUUCCGACCAGCAGAUGAAAAAUUUAAUGAUGUUAAUUAUUGGAGAGAGCCAAUUAACUUUAGUGAUAUUAGUGAUGAUGAUGAUACUGAUGAACAAGAUAUUCCCGAUGCCCCUAAAUCACCAUCUUUAAUGUCUAUGAAAUCUUUCACAGCUGAACCAACACCUGAAUUAUUAGAUGCUACAAUUUCUAGUAGAACUAGAAGUAGGUCAGCUUCACGAGGAGUACCUGCCGAAAGACCAACAUCAGUUUCAUCUUUCACUUUGCCACUUCAAAAUUUUAUGAAGUUUGGAGGCGGUGGAAAUGACACUAAUGAUGAAGAUGAUGAUGCAGAUUAUGCCGAUGUUGUAUUGGAUAGGAGACCAACUGUGGAAGAUACCACUGCUAGCGAUAGUUUUGCUAGUAAUAAUGAAGAACUUGAUGAUGAUGACGAUGAUGAUGAAGACUAUACAGAUUAUGAAGAUGACUAUGAUGAAGAUGAAGAAGAAGGGGAAGAAGACGAUGAUGAAGAGGAAAACGACGAUGAAGAUGAUGACUACGAUGAAGAUGAAGAAGAUGAAGAAGAGGCUGAAGAAGGAGAUGAAGUAGAAGACUUUGAUGAAGAAGAGGAUUUGGAUGAAGGUGAUGGAUUACCGGAAGAAAUAAAGGAGACAUCGGCAGUGCCUCCGAAAGAACUAGAAUCGCAUGAAAAUCCCCAUAUUAUAACUGCAAAAGAAUUUAACACCCUUAAUAUUGAUGACCAGACCUAUUAAAGUAGCAUAUCAUCGUUUACAUACAUAGUUUAAUACAAAGAAUAAUCUAUAAAUACCACCAUUAAUUAAUAUAUCUAAUUGUUAACGCGUUAUAAAAGAAUCGAAAUUUGCACCUAAAAAAAUCCUGAGUCGUGUGCGAUCAAACUUGUCUGAAAAAAUCGAAAAUUUUUGUAACAAUAAAGAAUCACCACAGAUACUUUGAAUUUCACAUAACCAACUUUGAUUCACCUGAUUUCAUAUCAUCUUAAAUCUGAUCUAUAUAGCGAUUCCCAGUUAAAUAAGAUUCAAAAGAGAGUUUUUGAAUGAUCCUGGAGGGAAGUGUUCUAUUACUAUGCAACAACAUCUGGCGUUAAAUCCACAUCAGUUGAAUCAUCAACCUCAGAAUGUUGCGAAUAGGUCAUCUUUAAAUAAUUAUAGUUCAAGCUCGAGUCGGAACUUCAGGCUUGAUAAGAAUGAUGAUUA